AUGCUUGAAUCUUUCUUUAUCAUACCUCACUGGCCACUGUCUCCGUUACUAUUAUACGUCAUUUUCAAGCGCCAGUAGACCUCUUUACAGUCUUUGCUUCCACUGUCUCCCAGGCGAUUGCUUUCUAUUCUAUGUAGACCGAGACAUCAUCUAAAGCUCAAUGUGGUGGUUACUGACAUGGAUAACAACACUGCACAAUCUACUCAACGCAUAUCAAUUAAGUGCAUGUCAACAAAGCAGACAAACUUGGAGGUCGGGACAUUGAAACUCCACUCGAAGAUCCCACUUCUCGGGAAUGAUACAACCGCUGGAUGAAUGCUAAACCGAGAAACAGACAAGCUCAUCAUCAGUUGUAUGAAGAUCAUGAAGGCUUCAGGAAUGGCUAUUGUCUUACUUCUGGUGCUAGCAGGUUGUGCUCUGGAGUCCUACCUGAAGAGAGGAAUUGGAUGGGACUGCCCAGACCAACAAGGCCUGCAUCAUGUGGUUCUGACAACCCCUGGGGACGACAGAGGACACUGCGGGGGUUCUCUGCUCAGCUCUGAGUGGAUAAUUACAGCUCUUCACUGUGAUAAGAUAAACCUGGAGGCCAUAGUUGGAAAACACCCCACUGGGAAAGGCCUUACUAUACAUAUUGAAGAUGGGGAUAAGUACAAGUACAAGACAGAGGGUGUAGAACAUGAUAUCAUGUUGAUAAAAAUGGACAUUAAAGACACAAAUUACCUCAUCACAAUACCUUUGCCUCAUCAAAACUGUAAAGCUCCAGCUCUUCACGCCACAGUUGACAUUGUUGGCUGGAUGACUGCAACUGUAGGCCGUUUCACAAACAAAAAAAAUAUCUACCAUGCAUGCAAACUGCAGUGUGGAAAUUUGACUGUUGUUGAAUGCCAGUCCCCAAAUUGCCCAUAUCUUCAGGACUACCAAUGUCAACAUAUUUUCUGUGCUAUUGGCACAACUACAAAAUGUGAUGGCUGUCAUGGGGACUCUGGUUCUAGUCUUAUAAGUGGAGGAAAGCUUCAUGGAGUUCUGGUCAUGUCUGAUGAUUAUUUUUGUGGUGACACUGUUGACUUCAUGGACAUCUGCCACACUGAAUACAGAGAGUGGAUCUUUACCACCACUGGACUGUAGCAGAAACCAACACAAACUGUAACUACACAAGUAGAGGGCAGAUGUCCUUAAUAAACAAGUUCAGAAGCCUC